AUGAAAGAAAGGGGCUCAGUUUCGGAGCCAGUGGCAGGGACCGCUGUGCCGACUCCAUCCGACAAUACGCGCCAACCCACUGACGCCGAAGUCCCAGACUUCUGGCGAACGUAUGUCGUGAAACUGCUAGAGAAUGGCGAAAUUGACGAACCUGUUCGGGAACCGGUCAGUUUCGACAGCGUUCUGGCUCACAGAUGGAUUCCUCGUUACGGUAUGAAACUGAGCAGUGAUCCUGCCUACCUCCCGCGAUGCGGUGAGCUUGUUCUCUGGAUCUGUGACGGUCUCGAAGACGGUAGUCUGACGCUCAAUCCUGCGACUGGCCGUCACGAAAUCCCUGGCAACGACCACCUUCGGCAUGGUGUCCCUUGUUGGCAUGCAGGUGUAGUGACCCAAAUUCCUGCAAAAGACAUGCACCUGGGAGACAUUACGGUAACACCCGACGACCAACCCGGUCUGAUUUACUCUGGGUUCCGCGUGGAGGCUCUACCACACCCUCUGGGUAACGACAAGUCCUAUUCAAAGCAGUACGCCUACGUUCCCCUGCGGAAUAUCAGGCCUUUCAACGCCUGGCAAAUCAUUCUCAAGGACCAGCACUGGGACAAAUGGCACCCAUCUAUUUUAAACGCCAUGACGGUGAUGUCCUCCUGGAGCGUGGUGCGCAAAUACCACAUAGUCGGCAAAGACAGAAAUUGCAGUAUCCACUGCAAGGCCAUCUUCAUCGGUAGCGAACUCCUGGCUGUCUCGGACGCCAUCCGUCUGAAGCCAGAGGGCUUGGAAUACUCGGAUCUUCAACAAGGCCCAGUCCCAAAGAUAACCGAUGUGAUGGUUAUUACGAAGAUCCUGUUCCAGCUGAUAGACUGCGUCGAUAAUGACCCGUACCAGCUAGCCAAACACAACGGGCUUCUGAUCUCCGGCCGGGUCUAUACCAACGACCCAUCGCGCGUGCGCAAGUCAUGCGCAUUCCACGACCCUACUGCCAAGGACAACCCCCAACCGCUCACCCAGCAUCAGGUAUUCACCGCCUUCCGCCAGGCCAAUAUGUGCGACUACGGUCCCUGGUACAAGAUGGCCAAUGGCGAGGAGUGCAACGUCACCCUGGACGCCGUCGUCGGCCGUUGUUACGAGCCUAUCGCCGCAGAUCUGAUGUUCGGCACGCGCAGUCUAGAGUUCGAUCUCCUCGGCGUCAUGGAGGGCCGCAACUGGUCCGCGCAGACCGACCUUCGCAUCCCAGAUGGCAUGACAUGGUUCUGGGGCGAGUGUCGUGCUGAAACACUUGGUGUGACGGAGCUCCUCGGUAUCGAGUGCGGGCCUUCAGCUCCGCAGGGCGAUGGAAAUGGGCAGGCUAUCGUGAGUACGGCGCGCGAAUCGCGCCGCCGUCAGGAUCAGAUUCCUGCGUCCGAGCCUCCCGCGACGGCUACUUAUUCGUCCUCGGCCCCGCAGGGAGAGCAGAGGGGUGGGCUUGCCCAGUCGAGUAACAUUGGUGAUGCGUCUGAUAAUAAUGAUAAUGACUAUGACGAUCACGAAAAUGACUUGACCGAUGCGGAGUCUGGUGAUAUUCCGGAGCUGCCUCCUUCGGCUGGCCACGAUGUCGCGACUGAGAGCGACAGCAUGGAGGAUUUUGCAUAG